AUGUCUCGAGCUGUGGAGUGUGACCAGUGCCCUUUGCGCCUUAGCCGGCGAGCGGCACUGACCUUGCACAAGCUUGCAGUGCCGUUGGUAGUGCUUCACUUGGUGGAUUUCAUUUGCCAAACAUCGAACCCUGCCCAGAACCAGCGUGACCUCAUGGUCUUUGAAGUGUUUUCCGGUGUGAGUCGAAUCUAUUCAACUGCCCGGGAAGAGCGUUUGAAGUCGGACUACUACGAUGUGCUAUGGCGUCCGCGGGUCAACGACCUAUUGGGGAUGAGCGGAUUGAUUUACGCAGUCCGUCAGACUCUCCGAUUGGUUCCUUCAGGCUUGGUUUUUCUUGGUGUUCCAUGCAGCAUGCUGGUGUGGAUUUCGAGUGGUACACAUGGCAGAGCAGCUCCCAAUUUCAUGGGAGAUUCAAGUAUCCCUGGUGUUGUUGCUUCCAACACUCUUCUUGCAAGAGCAUCGUUGCUAUGUUGCUUGGCAAUGGCCCGCUCAGUGUUCUGGGCUGUAGAACAGCCGGGCAGUUCCUGUUUACCCAAGACUCCUUACUGGCGCCGCUUGUUGGGCCUCAAGAUCAAACGGAUGCAUUUCAUCCGAUUUUAUAUGGGAGCCUACAAGCACAUGUCCUGGAAACUCACCAUGGUGUUUGGGUCUUGGCCUCGAAUUCCUAUGCUCUACCGCAAGUUCACCAGGCAGAGGAAGGCCGCCAUAAAGAAGCACCAGAUGAAACACAAGGUUGUCAUUGCCAAGAAGACAGGCAAGUCUGUGUGCGGUGGCAAAGACUUGAAGCGAACUGGAGAAUAUACCAAGCCUUUUGCCAGAAAGGUCGUCAAAGAGUUUUGCAACUUGACGGCUGGAGAAAAGGAAGAGGCUUCGAAUGUUGACUUUGAGAGGAUGAGCCCAUUAAAUGCUCCAGUACAGUGGAAACAUUUAGACCUCAAGCAAAUUGAGGAGUUUCUGCAACAGCGGAUUGAUGAUGGGAGUUUCCAUCCUCAGUUUGCUUGGAAGCCCGAGCAUCUUGCAUAG